GCCGUCAAAGAUCACAAUUGCAAAGUUCUUCUUACCAUUUUCCUCGGCAAAUGGAUACUGGCGAACCACAAUUGCCAAUGGCAAAAGUUUGGGCAUCCUGCAGAACCCUUCAGUAACAGGGUGCGGGGGACAAGCAAACAAAGGAGGGUGGUGAAUCAAUUUCAGAAAAUCGGGCAUAGGAAGGGCGAUUGCUCUCACCCUGACCAAGAUGGUUACAAGACACGAUAAUUCCAAAAUGCCGAACAAAAUCAGAAAGUUUCAGAGGCUCGGUUGCAAGCUUUCCUCAACUUUGUCAGGCUUCAAAGUGCCCAGUCGUAUACAAACAGGCGGCCGCCCUUUGAGUGGAAAGUGAGAACGUACGGCCUUUGCAAGUAGUCGCAAAUUAGGGUUAUUAGAGUUAACCGUUCUCCGGUUUACCAUUAUUUUAUUGCUGUUCAACAGAUUACAUUCGGUGGUCGCUUCUUGUCAUGCAGCCAAAGGGAAUAAUUGGACGCUGUCAGUCAUCUCGAUCUCGGAAAUUGCUGAAACAAUGAGGUCCCUGCAAAUGGCCGCCCAAAACACCUUUCGUUUCACCAUCCCUAUUUCAAUCCCAUGUAUCAUUUCGGCACGUUCUCGAAAGCAAUGAUUUGACUGCCCCUUUGACACUCGCCCAUAUACACAAUCAAGGCCCCUCUCGGUGUACAGGUGGAGGGCCCUUCGGGAGUCCGAUAGAGCAAUCCAUAUUCGUUUCACGAUGUUGUGAAUCUCGACGCGUUGACAGGCUCAAAUACAAAGGCAGUCCUUCACUUGAAAGCAACCAAGGUAAUCAAUUCAAGGUAUAUAACUGCCACCAUGUAUCUCUCCAACAUCCACCCAAGCUCUCAAGGUCAGUAUCUUUCCCAACACACGUUCUUUACAAGUCGCCGUUCUUUCUUCACCAACCACUAUACAACAUCUCCAUUCACAAACAGACAUGAUCUCAAUUUCUCCUUCAAGCUGGCUUCUUGUCAUCUCCUCCCUGGUGGCAGUGACUUCCGCCAAGCCAUUUCCCCGAAACGUUCCUCAUGGUCAUUGCGGCUCCUUCACAUCUUCCCUUACCAUCGUUGAGACGUCCAAAGAUGCUACGAGCGCCGAAGAAACUGUUGUAACCUCUUUGGCCAUUGAAGCUGCCUUGGCUUCUGCCACAAGCUCUAGCAGUGCUUCUGCUGCUACUACUAGCUCGAUCUCUAGUGUCGCCUCCUCUGUCAGCCUCAGUUCCACCUUUGUUUACGAGCUUGAUGCUCAGUCGGUGACCUCACCUGAGAUCACCACCGACACUGGCCUUAUUGUCAAUGCGGAUGUGUAUAUCGUAGACGGUGAGGGUACUAGCGAAGACACUAUUGCCCAGUACCACGCAGACGGCAAGAGCGUUAUCUGUUACUUCUCUGCCGGUACCUGGGAGCCUGGCAGGUCUGACGCCGAUGACUUUGACCCUGCCUGUGUUUGCGGCACUGGAGGCUCCUUUGCAGACAAUGCUUGUUCAUCUGAUGACAAUAAACUCUCUGACUGGGACGAGUGGUGGCUUGACAUCCACAGUGCCUCGUGUAUUUCCAAAGUCGAGAGCAUCAUGUCUGCACGUAUCUCGUCAUUUGUGGCCAAGGGCUGUGACGGAGUAGACCCUGACAACGUUGACAGUUUUGCCAACUCGGACCAGCUCCACGGUAACACUGCCGACGAUCAGGUCAACUACCUCCUCUGGCUGUCCUCCAUUGCUCGUGGCCAAGGUCUCAUGAUCGAUCUCAAGAACGCCGGCUCGCUUCUGGUGGACGAUAACGGUGAUGCUACCUCUUACCAGUCUGAGAUCGUUGAGGCCUUUGAUUUUGUGGUCAUUGAGUCCUGUCAUGAGUAUGAAGAGUGUGAUAUUUACGACUCCUUCCUGGCUGCCGGCAAGCCCGAGAUCCAGAUCGAAUACGGAGACAUUACCACCUGUCCGUCCCUGCAAGACGGCCAACACCUCUUAGUUUACAGCCAAAACGAUCUCAGCUCAGCGUUGAUCACUCUUGAAUGUGACUGAUCAAAGUCGAUCCAUAUUUUGAACCCUCAAAUGUAUAAAAUUAUUCAAGAAGUGAAAGCACAAGAAAGGAGCGUUCAAGAAAAAGAUGAUCAGCAGACAACUAGCUGAUUGAUUGUUUCCGUUGAUAUCCUCCCAGUACAAUUAUGCAUCAAGUGCAGUUGGC